UACGCGCUUGCGGUGUUGCUGGCUAUUGGCUGAAUUUACAUUCCGUGAAGAUGAUGUCAAAGGUUCAGAGGUCACGGGGUGCCUAUCAAGUUGGGGAAUAGUAAAAGAACAAUAAUAGCAAGUCCCAUGAUGCAGUCUGUGGAUUUGGUAAAUGCUUCUUCAGAUAGUGUCGUCACACAAAUGUCCUGGGCUAGCAAACUAAAGCAGUCUCAGAAAAAUGCCCCUUCUUUAAACUCAUCUUUGUCACCAUGCAGUCCUUUAUCAAGCAACAGAAAGGAGCAGACUACACAGGUCCAUAAAAAGGUGCAGUUAACGCGUAAUUUAGCCACUGAGGCAGAGAUGGAAGAAGUAGUUGUAAAGAAGCGGAAAAGAAAAAAGAAGAAAAAUAAUCCCAGUCCGAAGAUUAAUCCUCAAGAUGCUGAAGCACCUCAAAAUGAGAAUUUAAUUGUCCAAGAGCCACCAAAAUUUCAGGAUGAUGAAGAGUUUCCUGAUCUUGCAUCAUCUUUUGGUGGCGCAGACAGAAACCUCCGCUUUGGGCCCCUGAAGAGUCAUAGCUAUAGUCAACCAAGGCAUGGACUAGAGACUGUCAAAACAAAGGGUGGUGGCAGGAAGAGUAAGGAGCUGGUUCAGCUGAAUUUGGGCGGCAUGCUUGCAGCACUGGAACAGAAACAGCACUCGGAGAAGGCAAAGCAGUCUGCCAAGCCUCUUGUAUUUUCUGUUGGAGGAGGUGUCCCUGUUAUUUCCCGGGAGCCAGCUGCUAUAACUAAGCGGCAGCAGAGCAAACCAAGCCUGACACCACACAACCCUCUUGAUUCUAGCGCUCCUCUAGUGAAAAAAGGAAAGCAGCGAGAAGUGCCCAAACCCAAAAAACCAACAUCACUCAAAAAGAUUAUUUUGAAAGAACGAGAAGAAAGGAAACUAAGACAGUCUUCAGUGACACAGGAUGAAGUCUCUACAAGUAAAGAUAUUUUCUCAGAAGAGGUUGAGUGUUCCACAGAAAACCAGGUCCCAUCUGAAGAAUCCCUACUUGUUCUUCAUAAUAUUGAACUCAAAACACAAGUCAAAGACACAGACAGAGAAGAUUGUGACUUACUGGCAGGAAAAAAUGAGGAAGUGUCUAGAUGUGUGACAGACACACCUGAAACUACUGCUGAUGACCUUACAGAGGAUCACCCAGAUGCAACCGAGGUCCACAGUCCCAGUCCUCUCCAUACUUCCAAUCUCCCGAAAAUUCAUAGCAGACGAUUUCGAGAGUAUUGUAGCCAGGUGCUAAGUAAAGAAGUAGAUAGCUGUGCUACAGAUCUGCUUAAGGAGUUAGUUCGUUUUCAGGAUCGGUUAUACAUGAAAGAUCCCAUAAAAGCGAAAACAAAGCGCCGGUUGGUGAUGGGGCUAAGAGAGGUGCUAAAACAUUUGAAACUGAGGAGGCUGAAAUGCAUUAUCAUUUCCCCAAACUGUGAAAAAAUUCAGUCCAAAGGUGGUCUGGAUGACACUCUGCAAACCAUUAUUGGCUGUGCCUGUGAGCAGAAUGUUCCCUUUGUGUUUGCCCUAAAUCGCAAAGCUCUGGGCCGAUGUGUGAACAAAGCUGUACCUGUUAGUAUUGUUGGCAUUUUCAGCUAUGAUGGAGCCCAGGACCACUUUCACAAAUUGUAUGAACUUACAAUGCAAGCCAGACAAUCCUACAAAGACAUGAUUUCCGCACUGCAAGAACAACAAACUGAAAAUGAAUCCAGCGAAACCAAAGUCGAGCUGUCAUUAGAAAACAGUCAGCCGCGAGUUGCUGAAGUUAGUGCAGUGUCAGCUGCUGAGGAAACCGAUGAACCUAACUACAUCAAAAUUUGGAAAAGAAUGCUAGAAGAGGAAUAUAAACCUUACGCCUUAAGUCUUGAAGAUAAUAUUGCAAAUGAUAUGGUGAAUUUGCACUUGUGAUAGUAACUGCAAUACAUUUUCUUUCCCAAUUAACCCCACUUUGUUGCCAGAGAGGACUGCAGCACAUUGCAAAAUUGUGGGGUUAUUAGCACCGAAAGAAAGAUUAUAUUGCUAAAUUCCUGUAUUAUUAGAGGUUUACAAAUGAGCGUAAACCCAUGCACAAAUCUUUACCAGUUCUACCUGAGCACCAAGAGGAAAUAUUUCUUGUAUGUAAUAGAUUAGAAAAGGAGAUGUCAAAAGUGCAGCUCCAAUUCCGUAUCCAAAAGAGGGCAUUUAAUUAUCCCCCAUAGUGCUGCUCCAAUAAAGAGAAUUAUUCAUAGCAAACCACUAUAUUUGUUACAUCGCACACUGGCAUGUAGCUUUCAUUUUACUAUGUAUGAUAAAUACUAUUGUUUGUUGCUAAUAGUCUAUUAAUACCAAUAUCAAUAUUCUGUUCAUGGUUUUGGAAAAUGACUUUUCCCACUAUAGCUUCUUGCUUUUAUUUCCACAUUGUGUCUCUGCAGUUUCUCUGAAGAUCUAAUGUUUGAUCUUCAUAGCAUCUCAUCUACAUCAGACAUGAUUACACAAUGAAAGUAUUGCCUUCUUUAGACAAAUAGACAUUAGUAUAUCACUCUCAAGUCUUAUUUUGGCAAAUUCUAUAUAGUUUUUAUUCCACAAGUGUUCUUAAAGGGGUAUGAAAGCCAAAUUUUUUUAUUUCAUGUUUCAGAUAGAUCAUGAAAUUUUAAGCAACUUUCUAAUUUACUCCUAUUAUGAUUUUUUUCUUCGUUCUCUUAGUAUCUUUAUUUGAAAAAGCUGGAAUGUAAGCUUUACAAGCCACCAAUCCGCAAGCGCUACCCAGGUGCUGAACCAUUCUAUCUGAAUAAUGAGAGAAAUAAAUUUGGCUUUCAUAUCCCUUUAAAUGGACAGUAAAGUCCAUUUAAGUUUUAAAAAUCUUUCCUAUUUACUUAUUUGAUCAAAUGUGCUUUGUUUUCUCUAAUCUUUGUUGAAAAGUAAACCUAUGUAAGCUCAUAUGAGCUCAGGAGUGUACUUGUGUCUUUAGCCCUAUUUGGCACCAGUGUUUGCAACAAUGUAUAGCAUUGCUACUAACAUUGAUGUGAACACUGGUGCUAAGGAGGGCUGAGUCUUUUAAACCAUGUGAAUGGUCCGAGCUCCUAUGAGCCCACCUCAGUUCAUUCUUCAACAAAGGAUACCAAGGGAACUAAGCAAAUUUGAUAAUAGAAGUAAAUUGGGAAGUUGUAUUUUUUUAUAUUGCAUUAUAUUGCAUCUAUGUAAACCAUGAAAGUUGAAAGGGGCAGUGUACUGUAAAGGGCCAUUAGAAUAUGUACUUUUAUGUCUAAUGAACAUGCUCUACUGUGUGUUUAACCCCCACAAAGGGGUCAAACACACAGUAUAAGUGCCGCUUGGGACCCUAAAUGCACUGCAGGUCCUGAGCGGAACCUACCACUGAUCUAAUCAGCAUACCAUUUUUCAACUAUUAUGGCCCUUUAAUGUGUUCCCAAUGGGCAUAUCCUUGAGAACAAUAGGUGAUUGUUUUAAUGAGCAAAGCAGCUAUUUCAAAUACAAAAAUAAACAUGAAAAAAACAAUUUCCCAUGCAUUAAUCACAUUAAGGGGAAACAGACUUUACAGUACAGGGUCCCUCUAAUUUCUUUUCGAAGAUAUGGAGAGUCCACGGCGUCAUUCCAAUUACUAGUGGAAAUUUCACUACUGGCCAGCAGGAGGAGGCAAAGAGCACCACAACAAAGCUGUUAAAUGUCACUCCCCUACCUAUAAUCCCCAGUCAUUCUCUUUGCCUCUGUCAAUGGAGGAGGUGAAGUUUGGUGUUUGAAGAAUUGAAUUCAUUUUUUGGGUACAUUUCCCUGCAAGCAAGGAUUUGGGUUUAGCUGAGUCCACGUCAAUCUCUUCAGUAGAGUAGUGGUGGCUUUUAAGCAGUUAGGAAGUUGUGAGGUGGUCCUUACUUUGUUUCCUAACAUAUUGCUGCCCUAGUUAUAGAAAGCCAGAGUUGGUUACUCUGUUAUUUCUUUUUUCUACAGGUCUCUGUAAGGAGUAUGUGUCCUUUCACGCCGUGUGAGCUGUCUUCCUGGCGGACAGCUAGACUGCAGGUAAGUGCCUUUUGUCUUCUAGGUGUCAAUGGAGACUUGCACUGAGAAGUUUUUGCUGCAGUGUUUAUUGGGACAUAUUAAUCCUUUAGAAAGGAUUUUAUAAUUGACAGUGUGCAGGCACUAUGUGUGAGACAAGUUUUGGGAUAUUUCCCCUGAGGCUGUCUAUAUAAAUUUUAAUUAGUCUGAGGAAUUAAAAAUAAGGCUUUAAACUUUGAUACCGUUAUUUACUCAGCAGUUUGGUUAAAGCACGCUUUUGUUUCUCUGUGUAUUUAAAAAAAAAUUCCGGUCACGUGACCCCUUUCACCCGGCUUAGUUCCUGAACGGAGCAGCGCCAUUUUAAGCUGCUUCUAAAUGUCGGAUCGUUUAUCGAUCAUUUGUGCAGCUCUUUCUUGGUGGUGAGAGGUCUAUGUUGAAUUGUGAGAGGUCUAUGUUGAAUUAUAGAAUUCAGAUCUUUCCCUCCCAGGGGCAGUUUCCACCUCUCAAGGCUAUCUGCAGAUCAGGUAAAAAGAGUGGCAUUCUUGAACUGUGUUCAUGACCUUUCCUCCCUGGAAGUGAUUUUUCCAAUUCCAGUAAGGAAGCAGGGUCUUGGAUUUUAUUCAAAUCUGUUUGUGGUUCCCAAAAAAGAGGAAACUUUACGAAUCAUUUUAGACCUGAAGUGUCUCAACAAAUAUCUCAGGGUACCGUCCUUCAAAAUGGAAACCAUUCAUUCCAUUCUUCCUUUGGUCUAAGAGGGUCAGUUCAUGACUACCAUAGACCUGAAGGACACGUAUCUUCAUGUUCCCAUCCACAUGGAUCAUCACAAAUUCCUGAGAUUCGCUUUUUUAGACAAGAACUUUCAGUUUGUGGCUCUAACGUUUGGCAUUGUCACAGCUCCAGAAUUUUCUCAAAGGUUCUGGGGCUCUUUUGACAGUGAUCAGGUCUCGGGGUAUUGCAGUGACGCCCUACCUGGACCAUAUUUUCAACAAGCAAACUCUCAUACAGAGGUCUUGUUGUCUUUUCUAUGUUCCCAUGGAUGGAAAGUAAAUCUGGAAAAGAGUUCCCUUGUUCCUUUUUUAGGGACCAUAAUAGAUUCUCUAUCUAUGAAAAAUUUUCUGACGGGGGUCAAAAUAUCCAAAAUUCUCUCCUCUUGCCUCUCUCUACAGUGUACUGUUCGGCCAUCAGUGGCUCAAUGUAUGGAGGUAAUUGGCCUGAUGGUCGCUUCCAUGGACGACAUUCCCUUUGCUCAAUUCCAUUUGAGAGCUCUGCAGUUAUGCAUGCUCAGACAAUAGAACAGAGACCAUUCGGAUCUAUCUCAGAGGAUAGAUUUAGACCAGUCGACAAGAGACUCCCUCCCGUGGUGGCUUUCUCGGGUCCAUGUCUCAGGGCACAUGUUUCCGAAGACCUUCCUGGGUGAUUGUGACCACGGACGCCAGCCGGAGCAGUCUGGGUCUCGUUAAAGGCGCAGAGACUAUGCACUUGGGAGGAAUUUGCUCUCCCCAUAAACAUCUUGGAGUUGAGAGUGACUUACAAUGCUUUGAUGGCUUGGCCUCAAUUGUCCUUACCCCGGUUUAUCAGGGUCCAGUCGGACAACAUCACCUCAGUGGCUUACAUCAACCACCAGGGAGGAACUCGGAGUUCCUUAGCCAUGAAGAAGGUGGCUCGGAUUAUUCAGUGGGUGGAAGCUCACAAUUGUUGUCUUUCUGCCAUCCACAUUCCAGGAGUGGACAUCUGGGAAGCGGCUUUCCUGAGCAGACAGACAUUUUAUCCCGGGCAGUGGGCUCUCCAUCCAGAGGUGUUCUCCAGGUUAACCCCUCAAGUGGGGGCUACCGGAGUUGAAUCUGAUGGCGUCUCGGCAGAAUGCCAAGCUUCUAAGGUACGGUUCAAGGUCAAGAGAUCCGCAGGCUGCUUUGAUAGAUGCUCUGGCGGUUCCUUGGGAGUCAUUUCUCGUAUAAAACAGGAGAGAGCAUUGGUUAUUCUAAUAGCUCUUGCAUGGCCUCACAGGAUCUGGUAUGUAGACCUAGUGAAGAUGUCAUCUCUACCACCUUGGAGGUUACCUCUGAGGAAGGACCUUCUAACUCGGGGUCCAUUCCUCCAUCCAAAUCUCGUUUCUCUGAAGCUGACUGCUUGGAGAUUGAACGCUUAAUUCUGGCUAAGCGUGGGUUUUCUGAGUCGGUCAUUGAGACCAUGCUGCAGGCUCACAAGCCUGUAACUCGUAAAAUUUACCAUAAGGUAUGGCGUAAAUACCUUUAUUGGUGUGAAUCAAAUGGCUACUCUUGGAGUAGGGUCAGGAUUCCUAGAAUUUUGUCUUUUCUCAAGGAAGGUCUGGAGAAAGAGUUGUCAGUCAGUUCUCUGAAAGGUCAGAUUUCUGCAUUAUCUAUUCUUUUACAUAAGCGUUUGGCGGAUGUGCCACAUGUGCAAUCAUUUUGUCAGGCCCUGGUCAGAAUCAGGCCUGUGUUUAAACCUGUUGCUCCUCCUUGGAGCCUUAAUCUUGUUCUUAAAGUUUUGCAACAGGCUCAGUUUGAGCCAAUGCAUUCCAUAGAUAUUAAGUUGUUAUCUUGAAAGGUUUUGUUUCUUCUUGCUAUCUCUUCUGCUCUGAGAGUUUUGGAACUCUCGGCUUUGCAGUGUGAUUCACCUUACCUUAUCUUUCAUGCGGAUAAGGCGGUUCUUCAGACUAAAUUGGUGUUUCUCCCUAAAGUUGUUUCCGCUAGAAAUAUUAAUCAGGAAAUUGUUGUUCCUUCUCUCUGUCCUAAUCCUCCUUCUCAUAAGGACUGUCUGUUGCAUAACUUGGAUGUUGUGCAUGCUCUUAAAUUCUACCUAUAGGCGACUAUCGAUUUUCGCCAGUCUUGUUUGUUUGUUUCUCAGGAAAGCGUAAUGGUCAGAAGGCUACUGCUGCUUCUCUUUCACUCUGGUUCAGAAGUAUAAUUCGUUUGGCUUAUGAGACUGCUGGUCAGCAGCCUCCUGAGAGAAUUAAAGCUCAUUCCACGAGGGCUGUCUCCUCCUUGGGCUUUCAAAAAUGAAGCUUCUGUGGAACAGAUUUGCAAGGCUGCAACUUGGUCCUCUCUGCAUACUUUUUCCAAAUUUGAUACUUUUGCCUCGGCUGAGGUUUCUUUUCGGAGAAAGGUUCUUCAAGCGGUGGUGCCUUCUGUUUAGGACUGCCUGUCUUGUUCUCCCUCCCUAUUCAUUCCGUGUCCUCUAGCUUGGGUAUUGGUUCCCACUAGUUAUUGGAAUGACGUUCUGGACUCUCCAUAUCUUAGGAAAGAAAACAAAAUAUAGCCUUACCUGAUAAAUGUCUUUCUUUCCGGAUAUGGAGAGCUAACGACCCCUCCCUAAAUUUUGACAGUUUUUUACUAAACCUCAGGCACCUCUACACCUUUGUUUUAUUCCUUUUUCCAUUUCCCUUUGGUCGAUUAACUGGGGAUUAUGGGUAGGGGAGUAACACUUAACAGCUUUGCUGUGGUGCUCUUUGCCUCCUGCUGCUGACCAGGAGUGAUAUUGCCACUAGUAAUUGGAAUGAUGUUGUGGACUCUCCAUAUCCAGAAAGAAAGACAUUUAUCAGGUAAGCAUACAUUUUGUUUUUUACUGUACUCUCUCUCUCUCGCUAAUGUGAAAAAACAAGGAAGAAUGUUUAUUUUUCACAUGCAGAUAUGUUAAGAGAAAUAUGAUUUCUUACAAUAAUUCAACUGUGAUAAGUACAUUUUUUUUCUCCCUAAAAAUAGAAGUGCCAAUGUAAAAUUUCCAUAAGGCAGCUAUUACACAAAUAAUAAAUCAGGCCAUAGUUUAAAGGGA